ACACAGAUGAGCAACAGCUCGGCGCCAGCGCGGCAUCGCCCAGCCCUGCGCCCGGCCGCUGUCCCGGCGGUGCAGGCAGGGAGUGGAGAGACGGUGCAGUUGGGCCACCCAUCCUGAGCGCAGAGCCAUCACCACGGGGCAGCCACAUCCCCACCGCUCCCGGCGCCACCCGCAGGGCAGGGAUGUGAGGCACCGUCCCACGGAGCCGUGGUCCCGACGGCGCAAUGCUGAGCCUGAAGCUGCCCCGACUGCUCAGCAUCCACCAAGUGCCUAAGGGGUACCAGGAGCAGGGCAUCCUCUGUGGGUACCGCCCCCCGAGGAUCUCAGCAGCCGACUGCGUCCUCAGUGCCUUCCAGAUGACCAACGAAACGCUCAACAUCUGGACCCACUUCCUCCCUGCAUGGUACUUCGUGUGGAUGCUGGUGGGGCGGCUGUGGGGGCCGGGGGGCCGGGACCCCCCCGCCUGGCCGCUGCUCGCCUACCUGCUGAGCUGCUGCAUCUACCCACUGGCCUCCAGCUGCGCCCACACCUUCAGCCCCAUGUCGGCUCGUGCCCGGCACGUCUGCUACUUCUUCGACUACGCGGCGCUCAGCAUGUACAGCUUGGGUUCAGCCCUGGCGUAUUCAGCAUACGUUUUCCCAGAAGAAUGGGUUGGUAGCAUCUUCCACUGCUGCUACGUCCCUGUUGCAGUGCUCAACACGGUGCUGAGCACCAGCCUGGCCUGCUACUCCAGGUUCCUGGAGCUGGAGCGGCCGUGGCUCAGCAAGGCGUCCCGCACACUGGCCUUCGUGUACCCGUACCUCUUCGACAGCAUCCCGCUCUUCUACAGGUUCUAUGUGUGCGCGGCGCGGAGCUGUGCGGAUCCCACGGUGGCUGCCCACUACAGGCACACGGCCUUCGCCUUCCUCACCUGCUUCAUCUUCGCCACCCACCUCCCCGAGAGGCUCGCGCCGGGGCACUUCGACUACAUCGGGCACAGCCACCAGGUGUUCCACGUCUGCGGCAUCCUGGGCACGCACUUCCAGCUGGAAGCCAUCCUGAUGGACAUGAGCGAGAGGCAGGCACGGCUCCCAGCCACGUCGCUGCUGCAGGCGCUGGCACCCAUGGGCACGUGCAUGGCCGUUGGGUUGGCGGUCAUUGCGCAUUGCUCUGCACAGCUCUGCCGGGCACCAGAGCCCUCGCACAGGGAGAAGCUGCAUGGGCAGUAGGGCGCCUGGGCUGCAGGAUGUGGGUUCCUGGUCUGCUGCUGCACAGGACAGAAGGUGGACAGCUGACGCAUGGGGCGGACGCAGAGUUUCUUUGCGUGCGCUCGAUGACAGAUGUUUGUUGGCCAAUCCUCGAGGGCGAAACGUAUUGCACUGGUGUUUGUACAUACGGCUUUCAGGCUGGGGGUGGGUUAUGAAAUGCUUUUAAUCGAGCUGAUAUUUCAUCACCGGAAAUAUUUAAAAUAAUCGUUAACGUAUUUCUUUUCUGCAAAAGGGAGAUCGGUGCCAGUGCUCUCCAGAGCAAGAGGCAUUCACCAGUUCUGCCUUAUGGAGGGCCACAGGUGUCCCUGCUGCCAGGGGAGCUGACGAAGGAGAGAUGUGGUCAGAUGUUAGGGGGAGAUCCUGCACUCAGAGGCGGUGAGGCGCUGGCACUGCUGCCCAGAGCUGAGGGUGCCCCAUUGCUGGAGGUGCCCAAGGCUGGAGAUGGGGCUCUGGGCGAUGUGCUCAACCCCUGCAUGGCAGCAGGCUGGAACUGGGUGUGCUUCGGGGUUCCCUUCCACCCCAGCCUUUCUGCGAUCCCAUGAUGUUGGUCAGCAGCAGAACCCCAUGGCAGGAUGUGGACGCAGUGCGGGCUGCCACGUCCCGGGGCUGAGCCCAACUUUCCCGGUGCUGGGGGUAAAACCCCAACUACGUGACACUGCACCCAAGUGCCUAACCAGCGUGGGGCUGGGGCGGACCACAGCCUGCCUUGCGCUCAGUUCUAAGGGAAUGUCCAGGGCACCUCGGUUCUCUGUGGAUCAAGCAGCCUUCCCAAGGGGAUCACUUCCCCAGGAACACAUGGAAUGACCCCUCAGGGCUUUGAGGAUGCUUGCCAAUGGGCUGUCAGUGGGUUUUAACCAGCACCUGGCGCGCGAUGCAGCGAUGCCUGCCGUGGAGCACUGUCUGUCAGUAAUCAUACGGGUGUAUAACAGCUUCUGUGUGUGAUCACCUCUCGCAAGGCAGGAGAGAUGCACUUUGGAGUGGCAGCACAGCAGCUCGUUAAGGACGUGAUGGGGCUGCUCAGCCUCGUGACAGCACACCUCCCUUUGAAAGCUGACCAAGCUAUUAAUAUUUAUAAGCACUGGGCCGUGAUUGUUUAUGCAACAGAUUUCUUUCAUUAGGAGGGGAAACUAACAGAGCGAUGCACUGACGUGUUCUAACCCGGUGUGGACGGCUCUGCUCCUGCCCGUGACAAUAACUGCUUCGGAGAUCAUUGCUAAUAACUGCAAAGCUUCUUUACCUUCAGUACGUGUGCGGCUGGGAAGAAACCCGGCGUGAUUUCGGACUGUGUCGACGUUCUGUUGGUUGUUCUGGUUGUUUUGUUGGCUACUUUGGCUUUGCGCUCUGAGCACUCCUCUGCUCCUCCAAUGGGAGCCCAUUGCCGGGAGCGGUGCGCGGCACACGUCCUGUUCAGCUGCAGAUGGCCACGAGAAGCGGUUUGAUGGACGGCACUGUAUUCACAUCUGGAAAUAAAAGCUUCGGGGCAGAUUGCAA